CGGCCCAGACCGGAAAUGAGGUCAGAGAGGGAAACCCUGGCCGGGAGACUGGGCCCCAAGAACGGCGCAAGUUGGAGGUGGCUUCGGCAGCCGAUGUGGCCUCAUGGAUGAGCUGGUACAUGACUUAGCCUCAGCCUUAGAGCAGACAUCUGAGCAGAAUAAGCUUGGUGAGCUGUGGGAAGAGAUGGCCCUGAGCCCGCGCCAGCAAAGGCGGCAGCUUCGGAAACGCCGAGGCAGGAAGAGGCGGUCUGACUUUACUCACCUGGCAGAACACACCUGCUGCUACAGCGAGGCCUCUGAGUCCAGUCUGGAUGAGGCCAUUAAGGACUGUCGAGAGGUUGCCCCAGUCACCAAUUUCAGUGACUCUGAUGACACAAUGGCAGCCAAACGGCACCCAGCUCUGAAUGCCAUUGUUAAGAGUAAGCAGCAUUCUUGGCAUGAAUCUGACUCCUUUACUGAAAAUGCACCUUGUCGACCACUCAGGCGCCGACGGAAGGUGAAGCGAGUGACUUCAGAAGUGGCCGCCAGCCUUCAGCAGAAGCUGAAGGUGUCAGAUUGGAGCUAUGAGCGAGGCUGCAGGUUCAAGUCCGCCAAGAAGCAGCGUCUGUCUCGCUGGAAGGAGAAUACUCCCUGGACCUCAUCAGGCCACGGGUUGUGUGAAUCAGCAGAAAAUAGGACUUUCCUAAGUAAAACGGGAAGGAAAGAAAGAAUGGAAUGUGAAACAGAUGAACAAAAACAGGGCUCUGAUGAAAACAUGUCAGAAUGUGAAACCAGCAGUGUGUGUAGCAGCAGUGACACUGGGCUCUUUACCAAUGAUGAAGGACGGCAAGGGGAUGAUGAACAGAGCGAUUGGUUCUAUGAAGGAGAAUGCGUCCCAGGAUUCACUGUUCCUAAUCUUCUGCCCAAGUGGGCUCCUGAUCGUUGUGCUGAAGUAGAAAGAAUGGAUCCAGGACUGGAUAAACUUUCAGAUUCCACAUUCCUUUUACCUUCAAGGCCAGCCCAGAGAGGAUACCAUGCUCGCUUGAAUCGUCUACCUGGAGCUGCAGCUCGAUGCCUCAGAAAGGGGCGAAGAAGGCUGGUUGGGAAGGAGACCAGCGUAAGUACUCUGGGUACGGAGAGGAUAAGCCAUCUCAUCAGUGACCCCCGGCAGAAAGAAAAGAAUAGAGCGUUGCCAUCUGAUUUUCCUCACAUUUCUGCGUGUGCACAUGAGAUGAAUCCCCUCUCUCCCCUUUACUCCCUGGAUGUUCUUGCUGAUGCCUCUCACCGAAGAUGUUCACCAGCACACUGCUCUGCCAGACAGGCAAACACACACUGGGGAGCCCUGUGCUCACGUGACAUCAAGAGGAAACGGAAGCCAGUGGCCACGGCAUCUGUGUCCAGCCCCAGUGCAGUUCACAUGGAUGCGGUGGAGCCAACCACACCAGCAGCGCUAGGCCGGAAAUCUCCAAAUUCUGAGUGGUUGGUCCGGACCUCUGCAGCAGACAAAGCCACUGACUCCACUACAGCGACAUUUUUUAAAAUGCCACAGGAGAAGAGCCCUGGAUGCAGCUAGAGAGCCCAGUUCCCCUCCGCAGCAGCUGACUGAGUGUGUUACACAGUCUUGCAGAUCUCAGUGGAGAUUCCCAGUCCUUUGACCUCCAGUAUUCCAGGACUGACUAUUCUUCACACACAGCAGCCAGCUAUCUUCAAAAGUCAUGAUGUGGGAACCUUAUUUCUCUUUAAUAAGUAAAGUAUGGAGGCAGUAGUUUCCUUUUUUUAAAGGUCA